GGCUGGACCCACACGCCGCGGGACCGAGGUGCCCCGGCUUCUGCGCUUCAGGCCUGACAGCUGGGAGGACCCCGGAGGAAAGAUGCCUUCCGAGUCCUUCUGUCUGGCCGCCCAGGCUCGCCUGGACUCCAAGUGGUUGAAGACAGACAUCCAGCUUGCAUUCACGGGAGACGGGCUGUGCGGUCUGUGGAAUGAAAUGGUUAAAGAUGGCGAGAUCGUGUAUCCCGGGGCGGAAGUCACCCAGAGCGGAGAGCUGCCGCCUAGAAAAGAUGAUGGUGUUGAUACUCAGAGCGGGACGAAGAAAGAGGACCUGAACGACAAAGACAAAAAGGACGAAGAAGAGAGCCCUGCCCCUGUGUUCAGGUCCAAGUCCAUCCUGGAGAGCUGGGUGUGGGGCCAGCAGCCAGACGUGGGUGAGCUGAAGGAGUGUGUCUCCGUGCUGGUGAAGGAGCAGCAGGCCCUGGCCGUGCAGGCGGCCACCAGCACCCUGUCCGCCCUGCGGCUCCGGCAGCGGCUGGUCAUCCUGGAGCGCUACUUCAUCGCCCUGAACAGAGCCGUUGCCCAGGAGAGCGCCAAGGUCAAGUGGAAGAGCAGCAGCGGUUCUUUGCCUUCUGUGGACAGAAAAAGCUCCCGGCCCACGGGCAAAGGGGUGGAAGGACUGGCGAGAGUCGGGUCCCGAGCUGCUCUGUCCUUCGCCUUUGCGUUCCUGCGAAGGGCCUGGCGGUCAGGGGAGGACGCGGACCUGUGCAGCGAGCUGCUGCAGGAGUCCCUGGACGCCCUGCGAGCGCUGCCCGAGGCCUCGCUCUUCGACGAGAGCACCGUGUCCUCCGUGUGGCUGGAGGUGGUGGAGAGAGCGACCCGGUUCCUCAGGUCCGUCGUGACGGGGGAUGUUCACGGGACGCCUGGCACCAAGGGGCCGGGCAGCAUCCCCCUGCAGGACCAGCACCUGGCCCUGGCCCUGCUGCUGGAGCUGGCCGUGCAGAGAGGCACGCUGAGCCAAAUGCUGUCGGCCAUCCUGCUGCUGCUGCAGUUGUGGGACAGUGGGACUCAGGAGACGGACAACGAGCGGUCCGCACAGGGCACCAGCGCCCCCCUCCUGCCCCUGCUGCAGCGUUUCCAGAACAUGCUCUGCGGCAAGGACGCCCCUCACGCGGAGGGCGACACCCUGCUGCUGGCGGGCCCUCUGAGCCCCAACGAGAGCUUCCUCAGGUACCUUGUUCUCCCGCAAGACAGUGAGCUCGCCAUCGACCUGCGACAGACGGCCGUGGUCGUCAUGGCCCACCUGGACCGCCUGGCUGCGCCCUGCAUGCCGCCGCUGUGCAGCUCCCCCACGUCCCACAAGGGGUCCGUGCAGGAAGUCAUAGGCUGGGGGCUGAUCGGAUGGAAGUGCUACGCCAAUGUGAUCGGUCCCAUUCAGAGCAAAGGCCUGGCCAACCUGGGCGUCACGCAGAUCGCCUGUGCGGAGAAGCGCUUCCUGAUCCUGUCGCGCAACGGCCGCGUGUACACGCAGGCCUACAACAGCGACACGCUGGCCCCCCAGCUGGUCCAGGGUCUCGCCUCCAGAAACAUCGUGAAGAUUGCUGCCCAUUCCGACGGCCACCACUACCUGGCCUUGGCCGCCACUGGCGAGGUGUUCUCCUGGGGCUGCGGGGACGGCGGCCGGCUGGGCCACGGGGACACCGUGCCCCUGGAGGAGCCCAAGGUGAUCUCCGCCUUCUCCGGCAAGCAGGCCGGCAAGCACGUGGUGCACAUCGCCUGCGGGAGCACCUACAGCGCAGCCAUCACCGCCGAGGGGGAGCUGUACACCUGGGGCCGCGGCAACUACGGCCGCCUGGGCCACGGCUCCAGUGAGGACGAGGCCAUCCCGAUGCUGGUGGCCGGGCUGAAAGGACUGAAGGUCAUCGACGUGGCGUGCGGCAGUGGGGACGCCCAGACCCUGGCCGUGACCGACAACGGUCAGGUGUGGUCCUGGGGAGACGGGGACUACGGGAAGCUGGGCCGAGGAGGCAGCGACGGCUGCAAAACGCCCAAGCUGAUCGAGAAGCUGCAGGACCUGGACGUCGUCAAAGUCCGGUGUGGGAGCCAGUUCUCGGUGGCGCUGACCAAAGACGGGCAGGUGUACUCCUGGGGCAAAGGGGACAACCAGCGGCUCGGGCACGGGACCGAGGAGCACGUGCGCUACCCCAAGCUCCUGGAAGCCUUGCAAGGGAAGAAGGUGAUCGACGUGGCCGCAGGCUCCACCCACUGCCUGGCUCUGACCGAGGACAGCGAGGUGCACAGCUGGGGGAACAACGACCAGUGCCAGCACUUCGACACCUUGCACCAGACCAAGCCGGAGCCCUCGCUGCUGCCCGGGCUGGACACCAAGCACAUCGUCGGCAUCGCCUGUGGGCCUGCCCAGAGUUUCGCCUGGUCCUCGUGCUCCGAGUGGUCCGUGGGCCUGCGCGUCCCUUUUGUGGUGGACGUCUGCUCAGGGACCUUUGAGCAGCUGGACCUGCUCCUGCGGCAAGUGAGCGAGGGCAUGGACGGCACCGCCGACUGGCCGCCGCCCCAGGAGAAGGAGUGCAUGGCCGUGGCCACGCUGAACCUGCUGCGGCUGCAGUUGCAUGCUGCCAUUAGCCACCAGGUUGACCCAGAGUUGCUUGGUUUAGGUCUGGGCAGCGGCCUCCUCAGCAGCCUGAAGCAGACCGUGGUGGCCCUGGCCAGCAGUGCGGGCGUGCUGGGCACUGUGCAGGCGGCCGCCCAGGCUGUGCUGCAGAGCGGGUGGUCCGUGCUGCUGCCUACCGCCGAGGAGCGGGCCCGGGCGCUCUCGGCUCUCCUGCCCUGUGCAGUUUCAGGCAAUGAGGUUAACGUCAGUCCAGGCCGCCGAUUCAUGAUCGAUCUCCUAGUGGGCAGCUUGAUGGCUGAUGGAGGCUUGGAGUCGGCCUUAAAUGCAGCCAUUACUGCAGAGAUCCAGGAUAUUGAAGCCAAAAAAGAAGCACAGAAGGAAAAGGAAAUUGAUGAACAGGAAGCAAAUGCCUCAACGUUUCAUCGAAGUAGAACUCCGCUGGACAAGGACCUUAUUAACACGGGGAUCUACGAGUCCGCGGGGAAGCAGUGUUUGCCCCUGGUGCAGCUCAUCCAGCAGCUUCUUCGGAACAUUGCUGCCCAGACGGUGGCCAGGCUGAAAGACGUGGCCCGUCGGAUCUCGUCCUGCCUGGAGGUGGAGCAGCACAGUCGGGACCGAUCCGCCUCCUUGGACUUGUUGCUGCGUUUUCAGCGCCUGCUGAUCAGUAAGCUGUAUCCGGGAGAAAGUGUUGGACCGCCCGCCGAUGCCCCUAGUCCCGAGCUGAUGGGCGUGGGCUCCCUGCUGAAGAAGUACACGGCCCUGCUGUGCACGCACAUCGGGGACAUCCUGCCCGUGGCCGCCAGCAUCGCCUCCACCAGCUGGCGGCACUUUGCCGAGGUGGCCAGCGUCGUCGAAGGCGACUUCACCGGCGUGCUCCUUCCAGAGCUGGUGGUCUCCAUCGUCCUCCUGCUCAGCAAGAACCCGGGGCUCAUGCAGGAGGCGGGCGCCGUGCCGCUGCUGGGCGGCCUGCUGGAGCACCUGGACCGCUUCAACCACCUGGCGCCCGGGAGGGAGCGGGACGACCAGGAGGAGCUGGCCUGGCCCGGCAUCAUGGGUCAGAACUGCAGGAACAACGAGGAGGUGACCCUGAUCCGCAAAGCGGACUUGGAGAACCACAACAAGGACGGCGGCUUCUGGACCGUGAUCGACGGGAGGGUGUACGACAUCAAGGACUUCCAGGCCCAGGCCCUGAGCGGGAGCAGCAUUCUCGCUCAGUUUGCCGGGGAGGACCCCGUGGUGGCACUGGAGGCCGCGCUGCAGUUUGAGGACACGCGGGAGUCGAUGCACGCCUUCUGCGUGGGCCAGUACCUGGAGCCUGACCAGGAAGUCGUCACCGUCCCGGACCUGGGAAGCCUGUCCUCCCCUCUGAUGGACACGGAGAGGAACCUGGGCCUGCUGCUCGGGCUGCACGCCUCCUACCUCGCCCUGAGCACGCCGCUCUCGCCCGUGGAGGUCGAAUGCGCCAAGUGGCUGCAGUCGUCCAUCUUCUCGGGAGGCCUGCAGACCAGCCAGACGCACUACAGCUACAACGAGGAGAAGGACGAGGACCACUGCAGCUCUCCCGGGGGCACCCCCGCCAGCAAGUCCCGCCUCUGCGCCCACUCACGUGCCCUGGGCGACCACUCCCAGGCGUUCCUGCAAGCCCUGGCGGACAACAGCGUCCAGGACCACAACGUGAAGGACUUCCUGUGCCAGGUGGAGAGGUGCUGCAGGCAGUGCCACCUGACCACCCCCAUCAGCUUCCCCCCCGAGCACCCCGUGGAGGAGGUGGGCCGCCUGCUGCUGUGCUGCCUCUUAAAGCACGAAGACUUAGGGCACGUGGCGCUGUCUCUGGUUCACGCCGGCGCGCUGGCUGUCGAGCAGGCGAAGCACAGAGCGCUGCCCAAGUCGGUGGUGGAUGUCUGCCGGGUGGUCUACCAGGCCAAGUGCUCCCUCAUUAAGACACACCAGGAGCAGGGCCGCUCCUACAAGGAGGUGUGCGCACCCGUCAUCGAGCGCCUGCGGUUCCUCUUCAACGAGCUGAGGCCCGCUGUGUGCAGCGACCUCUCCGUGCUGUCCAGGCUGAAGCUGCUGAGCUCCCUGCCCCGCUGGAGGCGGGUCGCCCAGAAGAUCAUCCGCGACGGGAGGAAGAAGAGGGUUCCUAAGAAGCCAGAACCUGCUGAUGACGAAGGGAAAAUUGGAAACGAAGAGAGUGACUUGGAAGAAGCUUGCCUUUUGCCUCACAGUCCCGUCCAUGUGGACAAAAGACCCCUUGUAACUAGAGCCCCCAAGGACAAGUGGCAGCCGCUCCUGAGCACCGUCACUGGCGUUCACAGGUACAAGUGGCUGAAGCAGAGCGUGCAGGGCCUCCCCCCGCAGUCGGCUUUGCUGGGCACCAUCGCCGAGUUCGCCCUCAGGGAGGAGCCCGUGGAUGUGGAGAAGAUGAGGAAGUGCCUGCUGAAACAGCUGGAGAGAGCAGAGGUCCGCCUGGAGGGGAUCGACACCAUCUUAAAGCUGGCGGCCAAGGGCUUCCUGCUCCCGUCCGUGCAGUAUGCCGUGUUCUGCGGGUGGCAGCGGCUCAUCCCGGAGGGCGUCGACCUGGGGGAGCCUCUCACGGAUUGCCUGAAGGACGUGGACUUGAUCCCACCCUUUAACCGGAUGCUGCUGGAAGUCACGUUUGGCAAGCUGUACGCCUGGGCUGUUCAGAACAUUCGGAACAUUCUGAUGGAUGCUAAUGCCAAGUUCAAAGAGCUCGGGAUCCAGCCCGUCCCGCUGCAGACCAUCACCAACGAGAACCCGGCGGGACCCAGCCUGGGCACGACCCCCCACGCGCGCUUCCUCCUGGCGAUGCUCAGCAUGCUGACCCUGCAGCACGGCGCGCACAACCUCAGCCUGCUGCUCAACUCCGGCACGCUCGCCCUGGCGCAGACCGCGCUGCGGCUCAUCGGCCCCAGCGGCGACCACGUGGAGGAAGACGGGAACGUGUCUGCCCGCGGCGCCUCCGCCACCGUCCUGGAGGAGACGAGGAAGGAGACGGCGCCCACGCAGCUCCCAGUCUCGGGGCCCGAGCUGGCCGCCAUGAUGAAGAUCGGAACCAGGGUCAUGCGGGGCGUGGACUGGAAGUGGGGCGACCAGGACGGACCCCCUCCCGGCCUCGGCCGUGUGAUCGGGGAGCUGGGCGAGGACGGGUGGAUCCGGGUGCAGUGGGACACGGGCAGCACCAACUCGUACCGGAUGGGGAAGGAGGGCAAGUACGACCUCAAGCUGGCGGAGCUGCCGGCCUCCGCGCAGCCCUCGGCCGAGGACUCGGACACGGAGGACGACUCAGAAGCUGAGCCGGCCGACAGGCACAUGCACCCCACGGCCAUGAUGCUGACCAGCACCGUGAACCUGCUGCAGACCCUGUGUCUCUCGGCCGGCGUCCACGCCGAGGUCAUGCAGGGCGAGGCCAUCAGGACCCUGUGCGGGCUGCUGCGCGUGGUGGUGGAGAGUGGGACCUCGGACACGACACCCUCGCCCAGCAGCGCCGUGUGCCGGGAGCAGCACCGCAGCUGGUGCUCGCUGGGCUUCGUGCGCAGCAUCGCGCUCACGCCCCACAUGUGCGCCGCGCUCAGCUCCCCGCCCUGGAUCGCCCUGCUCAUGCGGGUCGUCGAGGGACACGCGCCCUUCACAGCCGCCUCGCUGCAGCGUCAGAUCCUGGCCCUGCACCUCCUGCAAGCGGUGUUGCCCUCGUGGGACAAGGCCGAGCGGGCCGAGGACAUGGAGGGGCUGGUGGAGAAGCUCUUUGGGUUCCUGGGCAGCCUGCUCACCACCUGCUCCUCAGACGUCCCGUUCCUCAGAGAGUCCACCCUGCGGAGGCGGAGGGCCCGGCCACAGGCCUCGCUGACGGCCACGCACAGCAGCACGCUGGCGGAGGAGGCGGUGGCCCUGCUGCGCACGCUGCACUCCCUGGGCCAGUGGAACGGCCUCAUCAACAAGCACAUCAACUCGCAGCUGCAGGCCGUGUCGCGCAGCUGCGGGCCCACGCCUGCCGGCGGGGCCCUGCUGGAGGACUGCCUCCCCGAUGUGGACGGCCCCGAGGUGGGCGGCCUCAUGGCCGUGCUGGCCGUCAUCGGGGGCAUCGAUGGCCGCCUGCGUCUGGGGGGCCAGGUUGCGCACGAGGAGUUUGGGGAGGGCACCGUGACACGCAUCACCCCGAAGGGCAGGAUCACCGUGCAGUUCUCGGACAUGCGGACGUGCCGCGUCUGCCCGCUGAGCCAGCUGAAACCGCUCCCCGCCGUGCCCUUCAGCAUCACCAGCCUGCCCUUCACGGACCCCAUGCUCGCGGUCUGGGCCCAGCUGGUGAACCUCGCGGGCAGCAGACUGGAAAGGCACAAGAUAAAGAAGUCGCCCAAGCAGGGGUUUGCAGGCCCGGUGGACCUGGGCCUGCUGCGGCGCCAGCAGCUGAAGCUGUACGUGCUGAAGGCGGGCCGCGCGCUGCUGCCCCACCAGGACCAGCUCCGGCAGACGCUGGCCCAGCCCGCCGUGCAGGAGGCCGCCGCGCAGGCAGAUGACAGCACAGCCGUGUCCCCGGACCUGGGGGACAUGUCCCCCGAAGGCCCGCAGCCCCCGAUGAUCCUGCUGCAGCAGCUGCUGGCCGCGGCCACCCAGCCGUCCCCGGUGAAGGCCGUCUUCGCCCGGCAGGAGCUCGAGGCCGCCGCCUUGGCCGUGUGCCAGUAUCUGGCCGUGGAGUGCGCCCACCCGUCCAGCCCGGCGUUCGAGGAUGGCAGCUCCAGCGAGGCCAGCACACCGGUGCCCGCCCAGCACCUGCGCCCCAUCAGAGCCAGGAAGCGAAGGCAGUCGCCCGUGCCCGCCCUCCCCAUCGUGGUCCAGCUCAUGGAGAUGGGAUUCCCGAGGAGGAACAUCGAGCUCGCGCUGAAGUCGCUCAUGGGCGCCUCGGGGAACGCUGCCGGCCUGCCAGGCGUGGAGGCCCUGGUGGGGUGGCUGCUGGACCACGCCGACGUGCCGGGCACGGACCUCUCGGACCCAGACACAGGGUCUGAGGACGGCUCCGACGAGGACCUGCUGGAGGACUUGGACGACACAGCCUAUGCUCUGGUCAGUGCCCCGGCGCCCCCGCCCCCACCGUGCCCACCUUCUUCCGGUGCCGUGGUGACGGAGAGCCAGACGUACAAGAAGCGGGCGGACUUCCUGAGCAACGACGACUACGCCGUGUAUGUGCGGGAGAACAUCCAGGUGGGCAUGAUGGUGCGGUGCUGCCGGACGUACGAGGAGGUGUGCGAGGGAGACGUGGGCAAGGUGAUCAAGCUGGACCGCGACGGGCUGCACGACCUCAACGUGCAGAGCGACUGGCAGCACAAAGGGGGCACCUACUGGGUGCGGUACAUCCACGUGGAGCUGCUGGGCUACCCUCCCCCGAGCUUCCCCGCCCACAUCAAGAUCGGAGACAAGGUGCGGGUCAAAGCCGCGGUGACCACCCCGAAGUACAAGUGGGGCUCCGUGACGCACCAGAGCGUGGGCGUCGUGAAAGCCUUCAGCGCCAACGGGAAGGACGUCAUCGUGGACUUCCCGCAGCAGUCCCACUGGACCGGGCUGCUCUCCGAGAUGGAGCUGGUGCCCAGCGUGCACCCCGGCGUCACGUGCGACGGCUGCCAGGUGUUCCCCAUCCACGGGCCCAGGUUCAAGUGCAGGAACUGCGAGGACUUUGACUUCUGUGAGCCGUGCUUCAAGGCCCGGAGGCACAGCCCCAGGCACACGUUCGGCAGGAUCAACGAGCCAGGACAGUCGGCCGUCUUCUGCGGCCGCUCAGGAAAGCAGCUGAAGCGGUGCCCCAGCAGCCAGCCGGGCGCGCUGUUGGACAGCUGGUCCCGCAUGGUGAAGAGCCUGCACGUGUCCUCCUCCGUGAACCAGGCCUCGCGGCUCAUCGACGGCAGCGAGCCCUGCUGGCAGUCCUCCGGGUCCCAGGGCAAGCAUUGGAUCCGCUUGGAGAUUUUCCCCGACGUUCUGGUUCAUAGACUGAAAAUGACCGUCGACCCUGCAGACAGCAGCUACAUGCCCUCCCUGGUCGUGGUGUCAGGCGGGAACUCCCUGAACAACCUCAUCGAGCUGAAGACCAUCAACAUCAGCCCCACCGACACCACGGUGUCCCUGCUGAGCGACUGCACGGAGUACCACAGGUACAUCGAGGUCGCCAUCAGGCAGUGCCGGAGCUCGGGCAUCGACUGCAAGAUCCACGGCCUCGUGCUGCUGGGGCGCGUGCGCGCCGAGGAGGAGGACUGGGCCGCCGUGCCCUUCCUCGCCUCCGACAACGAGGAGGAGGAGGACGAGAAGGGCGGCGCCGGGAGCCUCAUCAGGAAGAAGGCUGCGGGCCUGGAGUCGGCGGCCACGAUCAGAACCAAAGUGUUCGUGUGGGGCCUGAACGACAAGGACCAGCUGGGCGGCCUCAAGGGCUCCAAGAUAAAGGUUCCUUCGUUCUCGGAGACGCUGUCGGCUCUGAAUGUCGUGCAGGUGGCAGGCGGCUCUAAGAGUCUGUUUGCAGUGACCGUGGAGGGCAAGGUGUACGCCUGCGGCGAGGCCACCAACGGCCGGCUGGGGCUGGGCAUGUCCAGCGGCACCGUGCCCAUCCCCCGGCAGGUCCCGGCGCUCAGCAGCUACGUGGUCAAGAAGGUGGCCGUGCACUCAGGCGGCCGGCACGCCACGGCUCUGACGGUCGACGGGAAGGUGUUCUCCUGGGGCGAAGGGGACGACGGCAAGCUGGGCCACUUCAGCCGCAUGAACUGCGACAAGCCGCGGCUGAUCGAGGCCCUGAAGACCAAGCGCAUCCGGGACAUCGCCUGCGGGAGCUCGCACAGCGCGGCCCUCACCUCCAGCGGCGAGCUCUACACCUGGGGCCUCGGGGAGUACGGCCGGCUGGGGCACGGGGACAACACGACGCAGCUGAAGCCCAAGAUGGUGAAAGUCCUCCUGGGCCACAGAGUGAUCCAGGUCGCCUGCGGGAGCCGAGACGCGCAGACCCUGGCUCUGACUGACGAAGGCUUGGUGUUUUCCUGGGGCGACGGUGACUUUGGAAAGCUGGGCCGGGGAGGAAGUGAAGGCUGUAACGUCCCCCAGAACAUCGAGAGGCUGAACGGACAGGGCGUGUGCCAGAUCGAGUGCGGCGCCCAGUUCUCCCUGGCGCUCACCAAGUCGGGAGUGGUGUGGACGUGGGGCAAGGGGGACUACUUCAGGCUGGGCCACGGCUCGGACGUGCAUGUGCGGAAGCCGCAGGUGGUGGAAGGGCUCCGAGGGAAGAAGAUCGUGCACGUGGCCGUCGGGGCCCUGCACUGCCUGGCGGUCACGGACGCAGGGCAGGUCUACGCCUGGGGCGACAACGACCACGGCCAGCAGGGCAACGGCACGACCACCGUGAACAGGAAGCCCACCCUCGUGCAGGGCCUGGAGGGCCAGAAGGUCACGCGCGUGGCCUGCGGGUCCUCGCACAGCGUGGCCUGGACGACGGUCGACGUGGCCACGCCCUCUGUGCACGAGCCCGUCCUGUUCCAGACGGCGAGGGACCCGCUGGGUGCUUCCUAUCUAGGUGUGCCUUCUGAUGCCGAGUCUUCUGCUGCCAGCAAUAAGCUCAGCGGUGCAGGCAGCUCUAAGCCUGGUCGCCCUUCCCUCGCCAAGACCCUCCUGUCCCUGGACGGGAACCUGGCCAAGCAGCAGGCCUUGUCUCACGUGCUCAACGCCUUGCAGAUCACGUAUGCCAGAGACGCCGUGGUGGGGGCCCUGAUGCCGGCCGGCAUGAUCGCUCCGGAGUGCCCCUCCUUCUCCUCCUCGGCACCCCCUUCGGAGGCGUCCGCCACGGCCAGUCCCGUGAGCGGAGAGGCGUGCUUGCUGGCUGCUGACCCCGAGGACAGACCGAGCCCCAGUCCCUGGCAGGAGAAGCGAGGGGAAAUGAUCUCUUCUGAGGAUGCUGUGACCCCUGCCGCUGUGACCCCGUCUGCCUCCUCCGCCUCUUCUCGGCCGUUCAUCCCGGUGACAGAUGACCCGGGAGCUGCCAGCAUCAUCGCAGAAACCAUGACCAAAGCCAGAGAGGAUGUGGAGAGCCAGAAUAAGGCCUCAGGCCCGGAGCCUCAGGCCUUGGACGAGUUCACCAGCCUGCUGGUCGCCGACGACACCCGGGUGCUGGUGGACCUGCUCAAGCUGUCCGUGUGCGGCCGGGCGGGAGACCGGGGCCGGGAGGUGCUCUCGGCCGUGCUGUCGGGCAUGGGCACCGCCUACCCCCAGGUGGCGGACAUGCUGCUGGAGCUCUGCGUCACCGAGCUGGAGGACGUGGCCUCUGACUCGCAGAGCGGCCGCCUGUCCUCGCAGCCCGUGGUGGUGGAGAGCAGCCACCCCUACACGGACGACACCUCCUCCAGCGGCACCGUGAAGAUCCCAGGUGCGGAAGGCCUCCGGGUGGAGUUUGACCGGCAGUGCUCCACGGAGAGGCGCCACGACCCGCUCACCGUCAUGGACGGCGUCAACCGGAUCGUCUCCGUGCGCUCAGGCCGGGAGUGGUCCGACUGGUCCAGCGAGCUGCGCAUCCCUGGGGAUGAGCUCAAGUGGAAGUUCAUCAGCGACGGGUCCGUGAAUGGGUGGGGCUGGCGCUUCACGGUCUACCCUAUCAUGCCGGCCGCAGGCCCUAAAGACCUCCUCUCCGACCGCUGUGUCCUCUCCUGCCCGUCCAUGGACCUGGUGACGUGCCUGCUCGACUUCCGGCUCAACCUCGCCUCCAACAGGAGCAUCGUCCCGCGCCUGGCCGCGUCGCUGGCCGCGUGCGCACAGCUCAGUGCCUUAGCUGCCAGUCACCGAAUGUGGGCCCUGCAGAGGCUGAGGAAGCUGCUGACGACGGAGUUUGGACAGUCGGUCAACAUCCGCCGGCUGCUGGGGGACAGCGACGGGGAGGCGCGCGCCCUGAGUUUCUCGGGCAGCGCUCUGGCUGCGCUGGUGAAAGGCCUCCCGGAGACCCUGGAGAGGCAGUUCGAGUACGAGGACCCCGUCGUGCGGGGCGGCAAGCAGCUGCUGCACAGCCCGUUCUUUAAGGUGCUGGUGGCUCUCGCUUGUGACUUGGAGCUAGACACGCUCCCCUGCUGCGCCGAGACGCACAAGUGGGCCUGGUUCCGCAGGUACUGCAUGGCCUCCCGCGUGGCCGUGGCCCUGGACAGGCGGACGCCGCUGCCCCGGCUGUUUCUCGACGAGGUGGCGAAGAAGAUCCGCGAGCUCAUGGCGGACGGCGAGGCCAUGGACGUCCUGCACGAGAGCCACGACGUCUUCCGGAGGGAGCACGACGAGCAGCUGGUGCAGUGGAUGAGCAGGCGCCCGGACGACUGGACUCUGUCUGCGGGCGGCAGCGGCACGAUCUACGGAUGGGGACAUAACCACCGGGGCCAGCUCGGGGGCAUCGAGGGGGCGAAGGUGAAGGUGCCCACCCCCUGCGAAGCCCUGGCCACCCUCAGGCCCGUUCAGCUAAUUGGCGGAGAGCAGACCCUGUUCGCGGUCACAGCCGACGGGAAGCUGUACGCCACCGGGUACGGCGCCGGCGGCCGGCUCGGCGUCGGGGGCACGGAGUCGGUGUCCACCCCAACGCUGCUCGAGUCCAUCCAGCACGUGUUCAUCCGGAAGGUGGCCGUGAACUCGGGGGGCAAGCACUGCCUCGCCCUGUCCUCCGAAGGAGAGGUGUACUCCUGGGGCGAGGCCGAGGACGGGAAGCUGGGCCACGGCAACCGGAGUCCCUGUGACCGCCCUCGUGUCGUCGAGUCUCUGAGAGGCACCGAGGUGGUGGACAUCGCUGCCGGCGGAGCCCACAGCGCCUGCGUCACCUCCGCCGGCGACCUCUACACGUGGGGCAAAGGCCGGUACGGCCGCCUGGGCCAUAGCGACAGCGAGGACCAGCUCAAGCCCAAGCUGGUGGAGGCCCUUCAGGGCCACCGCGUGGUCGACGUCGCCUGUGGCAGUGGCGACGCCCAGACCCUCUGCCUCACGGAUGACGACACCGUGUGGUCCUGGGGCGACGGGGACUACGGCAAGCUCGGCCGCGGGGGCAGCGACGGCUGUAAAGUGCCCAUGAAGAUCGACUCGCUCACGGGCCUGGGCGUGGUGAAGGUGGAGUGCGGGUCCCAGUUCUCGGUCGCCCUGACCAAGUCCGGCACCGUCUACACCUGGGGCAAAGGGGACUACCACCGGCUGGGCCACGGCUCCGACGACCACGUGCGGAGGCCGCGGCAGGUGCAGGGGCUGCAGGGGAAGAAGGUCAUCGCCAUCGCCACGGGCUCCCUGCACUGUGUGUGCUGCACCGAGGAGGGUGAGGUUUACACCUGGGGCGACAACGACGAGGGGCAGCUGGGGGACGGGACCACCAACGCCAUCCAGAGGCCGAGGCUGGUGGCCGCCCUGCAGGGGAGGAAGGUCAACCGCGUGGCCUGCGGCUCGGCACACACGCUGGCCUGGUCGACCAGCAAGCCCGCCAGCGCCGGGAAGCUGCCCGCACAGGUGCCCAUGGAGUACAACCACCUGCAGGAGCUCCCGGUCGUCGCCCUGCGGAACCGGCUGCUGCUGCUGCACCACCUCUCCGAGCUCUUCUGCCCCUGCAUCCCCAUGUUCGACCUGGAGGGCGCCCUGGGCGAGACGGGGCUGGGGCCCGCCGUGGGCUUCGACACCCUGCGGGGCAUCCUCAUCUCCCAGGGCAAGGAGGUGGCUUUCCGGAAGGUGGUGCAGGCAACGAUGGUGCGCGACCGCCAGCACGGGCCCGUGGUGGAGCUGAACCGCAUCCAGGUCAAGCGUUCCCGCAGCAAAGGUGGCCUGGCCGGCCCCGACGGCACCAAGUCCGUCUUCGGGCAGAUGUGCGCCAGGAUGAGCUCCUUCAGCCCCGACAGCCUGCUCCUGCCUCACCGCGUCUGGAAGGUCAAGUUCGUGGGUGAAUCUGUGGACGAUUGUGGAGGCGGCUACAGCGAGUCCAUCGCCGAGAUCUGUGAGGAGCUGCAGAACGGACUCACGCCCCUUCUGAUCGUGACGCCCAACGGGAGGGACGAGUCGGGGGCCAACCGGGACUGCUACCUGCUCAGCCCCGCCGCCCGGGCGCCCGUGCACACCAACAUGUUCCGCUUCCUGGGCGUGCUGCUGGGCAUCGCCAUCCGCACCGGGAGCCCCCUGAGCCUCAGCCUGGCCGAGCCCGUGUGGAAGCAGCUGGCGGGGAUGAGCCUCACCAUCGCAGACCUCAGCGAGGUGGACAAGGACUUCAUCCCCGGGCUCAUGUACAUCCGCGACAACGAGGCCACCUCCGAGGAGUUCGAGGCCAUGGGCCUGCCCUUCACGGUGCCCAGCGCCAGCGGCCAGGACGUGCAGCUGAGCUCCAGGCACUCGCACAUCUCCCUGGACACCCGCGCCGAGUACGUCCGGCUGGCCGUGAGCUACAGGCUCCAUGAAUUCGACGAGCAGGUGGCUGCCGUCCGGGAGGGCAUGGCCCGCGUCGUGCCCGUGCCCCUGCUCUCGCUCUUCACCGGCUACGAAUUGGAGACGAUGGUGUGCGGCAGCCCGGACAUCCCCCUGCACCUGCUGAAGUCAGUGGCCACCUACAAGGGGGUGGAGCCGUCGGCACCCCUGGUCCAGUGGUUCUGGGAGGUGAUGGAGGCCUUCUCCAACACGGAGCGCUCCCUCUUCCUGCGCUUCGUGUGGGGCCGCACCCGGCUGCCCAGGACCAUCGCCGACUUCCGGGGCCGGGACUUCGUCAUCCAGGUGCUGGACAAGUACAGCCCUCCCGACCACUUCCUGCCCGAGUCCUACACCUGCUUCUUCCUGCUGAAGCUGCCCCGCUACUCCUGCCGGCAGGUGCUGGAGGAGAAGCUCAAGUACGCCAUCCACUUCUGCAAGUCCAUCGACACGGACGACUACGCCCGCAUCGCCCUCACGGGCGAGCCGGCCGCCGAGGACAGCAGCGAGGACUCGGAGAACGAGGACGUGGACUCGUUUGCUUCCGACUCGACGCAGGACUAUCUCACGGGGCACUGAGCGGCCGCGGGGCCUGCAGGGAGGACUCCACGGCGGGGCCUGGGCUCAGCCGGGUGCCGACGGAGCGGCUUUGGAACCUGCCCUUCACGCGGCCGCGGACACGGACAUCCGUCCUGCAGACGAGAGGUCUCCCCCAGAUGCUGCAUCACCGUGUAAAUACUGGCUCCCGGGAGGAAUAAAGCCUUCGUGGGGCCGCCGCCCUUCCGCUUCGGCGUCUGCACUUCUCCGUUGUACAUGGAAAUCCGCGUGGCCGUUGAUCGAUUAUAAAUACGUCACUCCGUUUUAUUCUGAAUUUAUUAAAUGUUUUUGGAACAUGAAUUGAUCAGUGUUACUUGAACACAUCCAGAGGUUAUUUCAACCAAAACCCAGAGGCCGGGUGGCCCCGUACAUAUGUGUGUCAUGUAUGUGCCUAAAUCCCACCCCUAUAAAUAAAGCACUGUCCGAGCCGU